AUGGAUUCCUCUACUACAAGUCAACUUGCCGUGACAACCACGGUAACUAACCCCUACUCGCUCAGCAGCUCCGACAACCCUGGUUCUCUCAUCUCCUUGGUGGUAUUGAAGGAAGACAACUAUCCUGAAUGGGCCACCGAACUUCGCAACUCUCUGCAGGCGAAGCAGAAACUUGGGUUUAUUAAUGGCUCGACUCCUAAACCAGCUGCAAAUCCAGAACUUGCUCAGUGGCUCGCGGCGAACUCCAUGAUUGUUGGUUGGAUUCGUACAUCCAUUGAUCCUCGCAUCCGAUCUACAGUCUCUUUUAUCUCUGAGGCUUCCACCUUGUGGGAGAGCCUCCGUGUUUGUUUCUCUGUUGGAAACGGAGUCUGCAAGCAAGUUCUCAAGGAUGAGAUCGCUUUGUGCAAACAAGAUGGUCAACCAGUCCUUGAAUAUUAUGAACGUCUCUCCAAACUAUGGGAGGAACUCCAAAAUUACAAAUCCAGCAGGGUUUGUCGUUGUGAGGCUGCACCUGAUGCAGCUAAAGAACGUGAAGAUGACCAAAUUCAUCAAUUCCUCUUUGGUCUUGAUCUUCCUCGUUUCUCUCACAUACGCUCUAAAAUUACUGAUGAGGAUCCCUUACCGUCUCUCAACCAAGUUUACUCAAGGGUGAUACGUGAAGAACAAAACCUCGAUGUCGCACGCCUCAAAGAAACAACAAAACCGGAAGCAAUUGGUUCUUCUGUUCAUACCGAGCAACCAUCCAAGGUUGCUGCUGUCUCGGUUCCUAAAACUCAUGAUCGUCAAUGCACUCAUUGUCAUCGCCAGGGUCAUGAUGUUAGUGAAUGCUUCUUACUUCACGGUUUUCCCGACUGGUACUAUGAACAAAAGGGUACUACUCGCUCCACCGCUGAAACACGAGACUCUUCCUCUCGGUUCGACAACAAGUGUAUGCUUACAAGGAGCAGCAAGAAAACUGAUCUGCGCAUACUAGGGAACAAGGAAUUAGCACAGCUCGAACAGGAGAAUCGAAGAGCAAAAGCACAGACCAAUUCUAUGGCUGACGGAGAGAACACAAGGGCUAAUCCGCCCAACCCUCAGCUCGUCAUCAUCCAACAACAGCAGAGGCAGAACCAGCAAGAGCAAGCUGAACUGAACCCACCUCCGAGGCAAGCCACCUUGAGGGAUGAAGAUGCUCAGAAUAGGUUGUUUGCGAAUCGAUCUGCGAUGCAACCUCCCGCUCCUGCAAGGCAAGACUAUUAG